GCUCAGUGACCGCCUUGCAGUGCGUGUGGGUGCUCCGCACAACUUUUCUUCUAGGGAUGCAGGUGUUCUGGUUUUGAAGCCGUUUUAUAUCAAGGUUUUUAGGAUCUGAACGCAGUAAAACAUUGUACGAAAUUAAGCAGUUUCUGCAACUGCGGCCAUUGCAGUUGUAAACAUCCAGUUUAAGUCAGUAACGCUUUUCCAGGCCUGUAUCGGCACAGUCAGAGAUACGGGUGGGAAGGAGGAGGAAAGAGAUCUGUUUGCCCCUGCUCUCUGGACGUCCAGGCUUCCCGAAAAGAGGGGAGAGGGAAGCAUUAGAAAGGACAAGCACAAAAACGGAAACUAGUGGUAAACUGGAAGGAGCAGCAGAUGUGCAAUGGACAUGGAGGGGAAGGAGAGUUAAUUUCCAAGAGAAGUGGGCUUUGAAAGAGGCUGAGGAGAAGGUUUUGUAGACCCCGAGUCACUGGAGAUUAGGCACAGAAAUAGGAAGGUGCUUUUGCGUUUGCAGAGCUUACACUAGAUCCAUAGGCUUCGUGGAAGUGGGAGGAUGUCCAAUGACGACUAAGACCAGAAAGUUUGGGGCCAGAUUAUGGAGGCUACAAGUGCCUAAAAGAUGUGCAUUUGAUAUUGUGAAUGAAGUUUUUGACUAGGGUAAUGUGGAAACACCCGUGUUUUGAAGAAGCUGCUCCUGGCUCUACAGCCACCCCAUUUUACAGGUGGAGACUGAGGCACAGCGCUGUUGAGGAACAUCCCCAAAAAGACAUAGCUGGAAAGUGGUGGAGCUGAAUGGCCUGACCGGAGGGCCAGUUCCAAAUAGGGUAUCUUUCAGAUGAAGGCAUUGAAGCUUGCACAAGUUCUCCCGACAAAGUCAAUAUAAAUGACGUCAUCCUGAUUGCUCUCAAUGCCCUGAUCAGGGAUCAAACCCACAACCUUGGUGUAUUGGGACAAUAUUCUAACCAACUGCUGAGCUUGUUCUUUUAACCAGCAAUGGACAGUGCAAUAAGAUGUGUCCAGUGUUUCUGCCUAGUGAAGUCUGUUAGACACUAGUACCCAAGGUUUAUAAUGGACUGCUCAUGAAGGUACUCCACCUAACAUGAAACCAAGUUCUAGACUCCCCUCUCCUCAAAAAAAGCAGACAGACUUGAGAACAAUUGGCAAGAAGUUCCUCCCCAGUGACAUCAAUGGUGGAAAAGUAGAAAAGCUUGAAGGCCCUUGUGUUUUGCAAAUUCAAAAAAUUCGCAAUGUUGCUGCGCCAAAGGAUAAUGAAGAGUCUCAGGCCGCACCCAGAAUGUUGCGUUUGCAGAUGACUGAUGGUCAUAUAAGUUGCACAGCGGUAGAGUACAGUUAUAUGUCAAAAAUAAGCCUGAACACACCCCCCGGAACUAAGGUAAAGCUCUCAGGAGUAGUGGACGUAAGGAACGGAUUCCUGCUCUUGAAUGACGCCAACACCACGGUUCUCGGUGGUGAAGUGGAGCAUCUCAUCGAGAAGUGGGAGUUACAGAGAAGCUUGUCAAAACACAAUAGAAGCAAUAUUGGAACGGAAGGCGGACCCCCUCCUUUUGUGCCUUUUGGACAGAAAUGUGUAUCUCAUGUCCAAAUGGAUAGCAGAGAACUUGAUCGAAGGAAGACAUUGCAAGUCACGAUGCCUGCCAAACCCGCAAACGAUAACGAUGAAUUUGAAAAGCAGAGGACUGCUGCUAUCGCAGAGGUUGCGAAGAGCAAAGAAACCAAGACGUUUGGAGGAGGUGGUGGUGGUGCUAGAAGCAACCUCAACAUCAGUGCUGCUGGUAACCGAAACAGGGAAAUUUUACAGAAAGAAAAGUCAGCAAAAUCAGAGGGGAAACAUGAAGGUGUCUACAGAGAACUGGUUGAUGAGAAGGCUCUGAAGCACAUAACAGAGAUGGGCUUUAGUAAGGAGGCAUCGAGGCAAGCCCUGAUGGAUAAUGGCAACAACUUGGAAGCAGCACUGAAUGUACUUCUUAAUAGCAAUAAACAGAAACCUGUUACAGGUCCACCUCUGAGAGGUAAAGGAAAAGGCAGAGGGCGAAUAAGAUCUGAAGAUGAAGAAGAACUGGGAAACGCAAGACCAUCAGCACCAAGCACGUUAUUUGAUUUCUUGGAGUCUAAAAUGGGGACUCUGAGUAUGGAAGAACCUAAAUCACAACCGCAGCAGCUUCAUCAGGGACAACACAGAUUGUUGAAUACUGAGCAAAAUGGAAUAAAAGAUAAUAAUCAACCAAGAUAUUUUCCUCGAAAUGAUACCAGACAACCAAGAAAUGAAAAACCUCCUCGUUUUCAACGAGACCCUCAAAAUUCAAAGUCAAUUUUAGAAGGCAGUGGAUUGCCUAGAAACAGAGGUACUGAACGACCAAGCACUUCUUCGGCAUCUGAAGUAUGGGCUGAGGAGAGAAUCAGGUGUGACAGACCAUAUUCUAGAUAUGAUAGGACUAAAGACACCUCGUACCCUUCAAGUUCUCAGCACAGUGAUGGUGCUUUUAGAAAAAGGGAGAACUCUAUGCAAAGCAGAUCAGGAAGAGGUCCGUCCUAUGGAGACACAAGAGAAAAUCCACCUCCUCAAGAAUCUGUAGAUUAUAAUAAUCAAAAACGUGGGAAAAGAGAAAACCAAACAGCAAAUCUGGAUCAUUUUUAUGACAGGAAACCACGAACAAUAAAUAAUGAAGCUUUCAGUGGUGUAAAAAUGGAAAAACAUUUCAAUGUAAAUACUGAUUACCAGAAUCCGGUCCGAACGCAUAGUUUCAUUGGUGUUCCGAAUGGAGAGACAGAAAUGCCGCCGAGGGGAAGGCGAGUGGGACCUAUCAAGCCAGCAGGACCCAUCACAGCUACACCCUAUGAUGAUAAAAUAGUUUACAAUAGUGGGCCCAAAAGAAGAUCUGGGCCGAUUAAACCAGACAAAGUAUUAGAGUCAUCUAUUCCUAUGGAGUAUGCAAAACUGUGGAAACCUGGAGAUGAAUGUUUUGCACUUUAUUGGGAAGACAAUAAGUUUUACCGAGCGGAAGUUGAAGCUCUCCAUUCUUCAGGUAUGACAGCAGUUGUUAAAUUCAUUGAUUAUGGAAACUAUGAAGAGGUGCUACUAAGCAACAUCAGGCCCAUUCAGACAGAGGCAUGGGAGGAAGAAGGAACCUACGACCAAACCCUCGAGUUCCGUCGAGGAGGUGACGGCCAACCGCGGCGGUCCACUCGGCCGACCCAGCAGUUCUACCAGCCGCCCCGGGCGCGGAACUAAUGCGAGAAGAGUCUCUAUGAAGAAAGGAGCCAUUGACGCAACAUCCUGGUCAAAACCUCUUGAUCGACCUUCUGAUUUCCCUUCAGAAUAAGAUGCAGCCAUGGUGGAUAUUAUUAUUUGGAAAAUGAAAAGACAGAUUUUAGGGAGGGGGAAAAAUACAAGUGAGCGAAUUUUUUCUUCUGCCAUCAAUAAAAUUAAUGUGCUAUUACAUACAUUAUUUUGCAGUAUGUUUUAUUUGCUGAAUGCUGUCUUUCUCCUUUAUCUG